CUUAUAUCUGUUGAGAUAUAACCCCUGUGUGUAUACACCGAAUACAGCGCGAUAGAGUGUUGGAGACAAAAAGCCUACACGCAUUUAGGCACGUAGAUUCCCUAGCACUGCGUCACGAUAAACCUUAUUUGGAUACGUUUAGAUAAGAAACGGGUGCAAUCCGGAUAAGAACUGUGGUCUAGAAAGGAUAAUUGUACCACAGCUGUGUGGUCAGGCGGCUUCCAUAGAGACAGUCAUCAACUUGGCACCAUGCUCCUCUAUGUACUUGCCAUCCUUCAGGUGGCUUGUUGGACGCUUACUAGUAGCAAAGCCGUGACGUUACCCACCAAGAAAACCAACAUCGAACUACUGAUGCCAGAUGUUCAGCCAAAAGUGCCCGAUACUUAUCUUUGUCAUUCUAUAAAGAUGAACAAGACAGCUACAUACAUUACCGGGUUUGUGCCGCAUGCGCAGAUGGAAACUGCACAUCACAUGUUGCUAUACGGUUGUUCAGAACCCGGCGAUGAUGCUGCCGUAUGGAACUGUGGAGAGAUGGCCCAAAGUGAUAACACAGGGAACUUUAAGCUGGGACCGACCUGCCAAUCCGGCUCCAAGAUCCUGUACGCCUGGGCCAUGGAUGCCACGAGCUUAGAUCUGCCCCAGGGUGUGGCGUUUAAAGUGGGUGGGAACACAAACGUGAAUUACUUGGUUCUACAGGUGCACUACAAGAACGUCGAUAAGUUUCUGCCGCCCAAGAGCGAAACAGAUAACUCUGGCAUUACCUUGGUAACCACGAAGACACCCAUGCCGAAACGUGCUGGAGUUUACCUUCUGGGGACGAUGGGAAGCAUUCCACAGCAUAGCACAGUGUACAUGGAGAGUGCCUGCUCAUUCAUGGAUGACCUCGACAUCGUGCCAUUUGCCUUCAGGACCCAUACUCAUCAACUCGGUAAAGUGGUGUCAGGGUACAGGAUCCGGGACGGUGAGUGGACAGAGAUUGGCCGCCAAAACCCACGUCUGCCUCAAAUGUUCUACAACGCGACCACACCUAACAUGGACGUCAGCAAGGGAGACAUCUUGGCGGCUCGAUGUACCAUGAAGAAUGACUUGGACCAUGAAGUCAGAAUUGGCUCAACCCAGAAUGACGAGAUGUGCAACUUCUAUAUCAUGUACUACGUGAAUGGCGACCAAAUCAUGAACCGUGACUACUGCUUCUCCGCCGGACCCGACACCUGGUACUGGGAUGACUUUGAUCGUGCCGACGAGAUGAAUUUGGGCGCCGUGCCCAAGACAGCCAGCGUGGUGCCAGGGACAAGUGAGGUGCUGCGGCAGACGUCAUUCGGAGGUGAGGGUAAUGACGGAGAGACAAGUAUCGAUCAGCUCGUGGAAUCUCUGGGCGAGGCCAACGUGGAGGAGUUACUCAAGGAGCUAUAUCAGAGCCAGAGGGAAGACGACCUGUACACAGAUGACAGUUAUGACCUCUACCCACGACGUGUGUAAUGGAACUUACCAAAAUCGGGCAUGUGCUUACGGGUUUGGGUUUGGUGGGUGGGAUGGCUGUUACCAAAUUUCUCUAAAGUCAUUCAUUGUUGAGAACAUUGUUUGACAAAACUUAAAGAGAAUGCUGAAAAAGCUGAAAGCACUCUCAUGUUAGACUCAGAUGCAUCAAUAAUCACAUAAACCGUUUCAGUUCUAUCAAAUCAAUAUUUGAUUCUGAAUCAUCAUACAAAAACGUUCCUGACCUUAAUUUUCUGGCAAAAUUGAUCUCACAUUUGUACUGAUCAGUUGUAUUGUCACAAUGGCGGUUGGAGUGAACGGUACCACAAUCGCUUAAUUCCAAUCUGGCCAAACAUUCUUACGCACUGGAAUACUGAAGGCCAUUCAUUAGCCGCAGGAACUCAGCCCAGGACGUGAAAACUUAAAAAAAAACGUCAACCUGUAUGGUUAGAAAAUGUUAGAUUGUAUAAGACCGUCAUUUACAGCCUCAAUCAAAGGUUUCUGGAACGGUACCCCGUCAUUUGUGUAAUUGCAUCCGGGAUAAAGGAGUAUUGGGAUGCCGUUUAUGUAGCCUAAAGCGAAAUCCCGCGUGAAUUUUAUUCAGAAUGAUAGGACUGACGCGUGAACACGCAAGUAUCGCUCUAAAGCGUGAUUUCUCCUUACAUGUGUUUUACGCAGUAUUUUUCGUUUGUCUAUGAAGACUAUAACUAAUCCCCGGAUUUAUCUCUGCAAAAGAAAAGAAAAUUAAAAUCGUAGGCUUAGGUACCGGACAUAAACUCUGCAUGUCAGCGGUAUUAUAUGGUGGACACACGUAUUUAAAUGCCAUACAAUUCCGCACUGUCUAAUGACGUGUAUCAGGUAUAAAUAAAUCACACAGUUGUUAAAAGAUAGUAUGUGUACAGCUGUAAUUUCUGUUGUCAUGCUUCUUUGCGUUUCUUGCUCCUCGUGUUGUGUCGUAUUGCGUGACGUCACUUCCUGUCACAAUAGUGCUUCCGCUGACCCGUCUUGCUUGGAUUUUUUUGUGAAAACCUUUAGGCGCCGGUAUUUACAAAUGAGCACAAAUUCACAACGUCAAUCAACACAUACCCAUACACGUUCAAGGCUUGGUGAUAGUGUCAUCAACAUACUUUCUACGUCGUAUUACAGUGUUUUAGGGAGGUCAAUAGAAGACGUUUGGUUACAUCACUACCUCGAUCUUUUUAACACAAGGCUUGGUAGAGGUGCAGCGAAAGGUUACGUUGAACAGCCAGCUGUCACAGCAAAAUAAACGUACUGCGUACGUGAAAGAUCUAAAGAUUAAAUUACAUUACCAGAUAUUAACAAUUCCCCCUGCUUUUCUCAUUACCGGAUAUUUUCUAUAAAAUCCCGGACGUGCUUGUGGCUCAGAUAAUCUACAUUCAUUUAUGGAUGUGGCCUUCGAUCGACAUAACACACGUUUCCAUGACAACACAUAAAGAGAUAACAUCCUGUAAUUUCAAUAUGUGCAUAGUGUAAUUCAAAUAACCUCAAAUAUCUUGAAAAUAAAAGUCAGGUGACAACAGAUGAUGUUGGAAAAAAGUUGUAUUUAUUGACAGUCUGAUAUAUAUCUUCUAGGCCUACACAUUAAGAGUUUACAGCAUAUGCAUAUAAAGCAUAUAUCACCCACCUUUCUGAAGUUCCACACCGUCUUCAGCACGUGCGCGAUACCUGAAUAUUGUUUUCUCAAUUCUGUCUUGUGAUAUUGGAAGCAUUAGUUUUAAGAUCUUAAAAUAAUAUUAAAUAUGAAUAUUUAUUGGUCUGUAAAUAUCAGAUUUAUGACUUGUUAAUAGUUAAAUUGUAAAGGUUUAUCGAGGAGUAUGUGAAUUACAAGAAUUUGUAUAAUCAAAGGUGAAAGAGAUGGAACACUAUAUUUUUCUUGACAGUAGAUUCAAUAAAUAUCGUGAUGUUUUGAC